AUGAGCAGUAAGGAGUACUUCAGCUGUGGCCACUCCGGCCACUGGACCCGAGGAUGCUCCCGAGGAGGGCGAGCCCUGGGGCGCAGAGCUAGAGGCGGGGGCAGAGAUGGUCAGGGCACUUCCGCCACCCAACCCGACAUCUGUUACCGCUGUGGUGAGUCGGGUCAUCACGCUAAGAACUGUGACCUUGCCGAGAACGUGUGCUACAACUGCGGGAAAAGUGGCCACAUCGCCAAAGAGUGUGUCGAGGCCAAAAAUGCCAAAGAGCAGUGUUGUUACUCGUGCGGCAAAGCUGGCCACUUGGCUCGAGAUUGUAACCGUCAGGAAGAGCUGAAGUGCUACUCUUGCGGGGAAUACGGUCACAUUCGGAAAGACUGCACCCAAGUCAAGUGUUAUCGGUGUGGCGACACCGGCCAUAUGGCCGUCAACUGCACCAAGACAACGGCGAUCAGAUGCUACCGCUGUGGAAAUCCCGGACAUUUGGUGCGGGAUUGCCCCGCGGAAGAUACUGAUUAA